CCCACGAUAAUCAUCUUUCAACCCCCCGCCAAAACCGAAUAAAACACCUUCUCAUUGCCAAACACACCUCUCACUUCUCUCCCUUCUCACCGCCCUCCGAUCACCGUCGUCACUCCUUCCACCGCCGCACUUCCAUCGCCAUGGCUUCCAUUCCACGGCGGAGCUUUCUACCGACGCGGCCUCUCAACGACGCUCUCCCUGUCUCGCAGCCGGACUCCGCUCAAACCAUACGCCGAAGGCUCUCUUCCAUUUCCUUCAAGAUCCAGCCGAUUUCUUCGCCUGUUGUUUCCUGGCCAUUUCGCAGAUCCAAAUCCGUGUCGUCAAUGCGCGAUUUCACCGGAAGUUCUCUCCGGAAGUGGUGGGAUUGGGGAUGGUCCUGGAUCCUCUCUCGCAAAGCUGCCUUCACUAGAGAUCUGGAGAUGAACGAUGAAGAAACUAAAGCUCUUGGAUCUAAUUGCAGAGGUAGUUUCAGACAUCUUUUCUAUAAGGUUAGGUCUGAGUUCCGUAAACUGAUUCGAUCUGAUCGCGUCGGUCUUCCUCAAACUUUCAAAUACGAUUCGGUUAAUUACUCGAAGAAUUUCGAUGAUGGAGUGAGAUCUUAGGCUCUAUUUACACUGUAAUCGAAUUGAGGCUUUCGUAUUGAAUAAUAUGCUCUGUUUCAAGCUAGAUUCAGGAAAAAUAUAUAGGGAAAAAAGCUUCCAGUUCCGAUUCCGGCCAUGGAAGCCUCGCUCUGGUGAUCUUUACUGCGAUUGUAAUUGCUGGUAAUCGAUUUGGCAAAAUCAAGUUGUUCAUCGUGUUCAUUGAUUCGUUCUUCGCUCGAUCGGAACUUAGAAAACGUACAUUUGAUUGCUCGCCGGCCCUGAGGCGAAGAAGAACAGAGAGAUUGUAGAGAUCUUCUUCGCAAAUUACGGAGAUCAAAGAGUUUGAAGUACAUAAGAAUUCUACUUUUUUUUUUCUUUUUUCUUUUUUUUGGGUAUAAGCAAUGCAAAAUUCCUUUGCGUCUGAUUGUUUGCAUAGUAUUUUUCUUGCGUCAUCCAAUAUAAUUCCAAUACUAUAUAUUCUUUC